CUGGCGCCGCUGCUCUCCAACCUCAGCCAACGCCCUGCGGCGAGGGCCUUCCUACUGGACCCCGACAGGUGCGUGGUCCAGCGGCUGCUGCCCCUUACCCAGUACCCCGAUUCCUCUGUACGCAGGGGCGGGGUGGUGGGAACGCUGCGGAAUUGCUGCUUCGAGCACCGACAUCACAAGUGGUUGCUUGGACCUGAGGUGGACAUUCUCCCCUUUUUGCUCCUGCCCUUGGCUGGGCCUGAGGAUUUCUCCGAGGAAGAGAUGGAACGGCUGCCUGUGGACUUACAGUACCUACCACCAGACAAGCAGCGAGAACCUGAUUCAGACAUCCGCAAGAUGCUUGUUGAAGCCAUCAUGCUGCUGACAGCCACAGCACCAGGUCGGCAGCAGGUGCGGGACCAGGGAGCCUACCUGAUCCUUCGAGAGCUGCACAGCUGGGAGCCAGAGCCCGACGUGCGGGCGGCUUGUGAGAAGCUCAUCCAGGUGCUUAUUGGGGAUGAGCCUGAACCUGGCAUGGAAAACCUGCUGGAGGUGCAGGUGCCUGAGGAUGUGGAGCAGCAGCUACAGCAGCUGGAUUGCCAGGAGCAGGAGCAGUUGGAGCAGGAGCAGGAGCGGGAGCUGGAGCUGGCCCCAGAGCCAUGGGUGGAGAGGGCCACACCCACCUGAGGCCCCUGCAGCCAGACACCAGCUCCAUGGUCCCCUUUGCCAGGCUUUCUCAGACCAGGCCUUCCUGCAGCUGCCUACAGGCCCCUUGAGUCCCCUUGCUCAGAGACUGUGCCCUGCUGAGAAGCAGAGCUACACUUAGGCUCCAGUAAGAAUUGGAGGCACUUCCCAGCCCUGUGCAGUGUUGCUACCAGCAAGAAUGAAGGUUGUGCACAGCAGUACUGUGGGCCAGGCACCGUGACUCGGCUGCCUGUGCAGAAGGUGGAGGUGGCAGGCGGAUAGCCAGGGAGCCAUGAGAAGACUCUUCCUGGGCACAGCAUGGGGACUGGACAGAAAACCACUGCAAGCCCCAAGGAGCCAGUUGAAGCUUCCAAGUCCCCAGGGCACUGCAGGGUCUGGACAGAGGUAUAAGUGCUGCUUUGUCAGCCCCACUCCCUGCGGCUCUCAGCUCCCUGUUCCCUGAGACCUGGCCUCAAAGGGCUGACCCAGCCAUACCUAGAUCCUGGGUUCUUUCUAGGACUGUGCCUCCCUGCUUGACCUGUGCUCCAGGACCCUGCCCUCAACCUUUGUCAACUCCCUGUGUCUUCCUGUUUCCCAGUCUCAGAUUGGGUGGGUGCUCUCACUGGCCUCUCUAGCUAGGCCAUCUCCCUGGUCAGCUUCCUUGAGCCUGGGCCACUCCUCCCUGGCCUUCCUACCCUAGCCUCCAGAUGUGCCUGCAGCCUGGCCCCUGUCCAAGCCACCCUUUGCCCCUGUGGUAGAGCCCACUAUGGGCUCAGGGAUCUUACCUGCUUCUCCCUUGGACCUGUGAGCAUCCCCCCACCUGCCAGGUCCGUGGCUGCUAAGCCCCACAGGGGCUUGCCACACUCUUCCCUUCCUGAGCCGAUCUGACCUCACUGCCACCUCUUGCACUGGGCUCAUGAGGGCUGGCCCCUUCUCACUGAUGGGCCCUCCCAGGCCCCUUGAACCCUGGUGAAGGAGCUUAACUUGUUUUCUUGAGCGUUCACAAUGCCUCACUCCACACCCUAAAACUGGAGGCUCAGGUGCCAGGCGUCUCCCGCCUCCAGGAUCUCCUCUCACCUGCCCCCAAUAAAGCUCUGCCACUCAUGCAGGCAUGUGUGGACCAUGUUUUCUCCUGGCCAGAGCCCCCGCCUGCCACUGGAGGCCACUUGCCCUCUCAGCACUCAGACAUCUGCACUCUCUUCACAGAAUAAAUGCUUUAUUUGGCCUUGC